AUGGUCCUCGAUACGGUACGAAACAGUGACGGCUCGACGGCAGCAGCUGCCUUGCGCGGAUCUUCAAAUAGUGGUUCGGGUGGGCCGGUGUUAGUGAGGCCAACCUCACUACAACCUCCUGAAAAAGAGCCGGUAAACUUUCAGAUUAAUCUGAUUGGCGCCCCACCAGAAGUAGAGCAACUGAUCGAACACAUUAAAUCCGUUGCUGAGCAGUUUCUGUAUCACUGGAAAACAUUUCCCAUCAAUUUACCUACCCCCCUUUCGAACAGUCCCGGUGGCGGGGUCGGCAAUGGUGGAGGAGGGGCAGCUGCCACAGGGGGUGGUGGAGGACAGAGUGUUACUUCGCUUUCGGUUGCCGGUAGUGGCGGAGGAAGCAAUUCCAAUAUACACAGCACUGUCGUUACAAGCGGGAACCGAAAAACUCGCCCAAUCAAUCUGCGUGAUUUAUUUAUUGCGCCUCCGUUCGACGAGCUGGACGCUGUUGCUGCCGAUGGUUCCGGGGAGCCACGUUUGCUGACAAAUGCUCAGUUACGUUCUUUGCGUGAACGAGGCUUGCAAAAGGACAAAUUUGGGAAACCGAAGAAAUUGAAUUGCGAACAAUUGGAAACGAUUCAGUUCACUGGGGUGUUUGAAGUACCAAGCUUGAAUUUUCCGGGACAGGUUCAUCGAUGGCAAUUGUCACAAUUUUUGCAGAAAGGUUCCGAGCGAACACGGGAUUCGCUGCUGAGCGAUUUGGCAUUAUCCGCUCGUUUCAUCGUCAUCACUGCCAAGGGACGCCUGACCGGCCAUUUCUUUUCCGUUGCCCAUGCUUUUCGAGCAUUACUGCAGGGAUUCAUCAAGCUAGUGGACAUGAUUAUCGGUGUACCCUCGUUGCUAGCGCAAAAUUUAGAUAACAAAAUUAAAGAAGAGCGUUGUCGUUUUUUGGUAGCGGAACUAGUUUGUAGGAGUGAGUACGAAGACUGCCUAGAUUCGUUGUGUAGUUACGUGCGCCAUCAACUACGCCGAGCCACCAUGGAAAAGUUUGAUGUGAACUGCAACCAAGCGCAACCGAUUCCAUACCUAUAUGUAACCCCUAAAGGGCAAGAUAUUGAUUUGCGGCUCUUUUCCAAGGAUACCAUGCGUCGCGCAUUACCCAUACUUGUGGGCAUCCUAGAGAAGGAAACGCGUGGUUGGUUUCUGCACUUUCGUGAACGGUUAAUUGCGGAACUGCGUGAACGAAAAAUGACCGACGCCGAAAUUGAGGAAGAAGUAAACGAAGCCGUAAUGAAGGAAUACCUGCAACGCGUCUACACGUCUAUUCUCUCGAAUGUUGAACUUACUGAAUUGGGAGAAAACAUACCCCAGCUACUUGUGCAACAGGCUCAAUCGGUGGUCAUAAUGCACAAAGCUGUGGAUAAAAUACAAAAAGAACUGAAGAAAUCUCGAGAGGAAAUGGAACAAACGCUCCAGGAGCAGCAUCCCGUACUAUCGCGUGUCUUUCCCUGGCUACGAGCAAAAUUAAAUGCUGGUGAGCAAGCCAAGUUAUCUAAAAUCACCUGGGGUGCCCAUGAGGAAGCAUUACGUGCAGCACAGAGGCUCAAUCUACAUCAGACGGUGUAUUUUCUCAAUCGUGACCUAGCCUUCAUGAAGGAGCGUGAGCCAGUGUUGCUAAAGGAACUAAAAAAUGCUAAAACACCGACACGCAACUUUCAGUGGGCGUGUCGGAUUUGGUCGCCCAAAUCGUGGAUUAUUCGGCGCAGCUUCCAGGGACACUCAGAAGUGGUGCCGACCGUGAUCUGCCAGCAGGCCACUUCAAUUGUCACGCCACGCUCGGAUCCUAGUCAGCCAGUAUUUUUGGUCGAGAAGGAGUUGAUACGUUCGACUAGUACCCGUUGGCCGAUGUGGCGCCUGCUGAAUUUGUUUCAACGCACCUGGACCUGGACAUGGAAUAUUAUGUUCUUGCUCGGUGUCAUUGUACCAUGGUGCAGCCCGCUAGGGUUACGCGCUCUGUUCUGCAAAAAACCGUUCAUGGCCGAUCUGGAGUUGUCACAAGUGAAUGGUACACUGUUUCCACGCAAAACCAGUAUCACACAGACGAUGUUUUCGCGCCUGAUGGAACUGUGGCGUCACAUUUCCAAAGCUCGGACACAUUUCGAAACCGAGCCAGACACGGGUUUCAUAGGAAAGGGGAUGACGCGUCACUUGAAUCGCUUGUACAACUACGUCAUAAAGGGCUUUCUGGGGACGUUAGUGAUUUUGGUACUGUUUCCGCUGCUUUGCUUCGCUGUUAGCGCAUCAAGCCUUGCGCUAGCCAUCACGGCACCGCUCUGGAUGCCGUUCAUUACAGUUACGCUACAUCUGUACAUGAUGCUGAUCUACGAUUUGGACUGUCCCGACGAGAGCCGGCGCAAUCGAUACUGUAUUUUUCUCGAAGCAGUUGGAUGGAAUAUAGGCAUUCAGGGAUUACUUCAACCGCUUGCAGCCGUACUGGUAGCAUCGGUCAUUUGUCCGCUAAUAGCGGUGCUGGUAUUCUUCGUUGGCAUUGUACGGUACUGGGUGCGUCUGUUUUGGGAUGCGGCUACUUUUCACUUGUUCAUCAAAAAGUGCGGACGCGUGCCGGCUAGUGACAGCUUUGCCGUUCGACGUAUAGCGGGACCCGGGUUGGCGUUGGACUACUACUUUUCGAUCAAACCAGAACAAGCACUCGCGGCAUUCGAAGCCAAGAUGGAGCUUGAUGAGCUGCAAGCAUAUCAACACUCCAUGGAGACUAUCAUAUGUCAGCCGCAGAAGGACUUUAGUCAGUUUGUCGAAGCAUGCUUUGGGCCGUUCUCUGCACAGUUGUCAAAAAGUGUUGGUCCAUAUCGUCAGCUGGAGCGCGAAGGUCAAGAUUUGAUGACAUCACUGCACGAAAAGCUAGAGAAAAGGCGACGUGACUUACAAACGGGACUAACGACUGCGGUGAAAUCGCGCAUCAAGCUCAACACCAUGGAACUGAAGAUCGUAAUUCAACAGUCAGCGUAUAUGCUCGAAAAAUUCUACCCAUCGCAUGUGAUUGCCCGACUGUCAAUCAGUGAGGAGGAGUUCUGGGAUGCAAAGGGUCUUUCGGUGGGUGAUUGGGCUGGGUUGGCGGGUAUGCUGUACGCUGAUAUUUUCAGUCUAGACUUCCUAACUCCACUGUCCGACACCGACACACAAUUCAAACUAGAACCCCAUGCACAGCUAGAUUUGAAUCGGUACAACGAGAUGGUACAAAACACUAGCGACAUCAUGGGUAUUAAUGGGCCUGAUUUGUUGGGCAACGUUUAUGCACCCCGUGGUAACAUUCAGGUACAUUCGCCAUACUUGGAGGUUUCCGCAUUCAAUCCACGUUCUCGUGUAAUGAUUAAUUCAAGACGAGCGGAAAAACGCAACGACACAUCGUCUUCCGGAUUGACAGCACCGCGAGUUCGAGCACGUCGUUCACCAAUGCCAUCGCCGAAACAGAAAACUCAGAGCUGGAAACCAUGGAAACGAAAACAGCAACCAAAGCAUGCCGCCGACAAGAUGCUGAUUCCGCUUCCUAUCCCGCACCCGGUGCAUAUUGCCAUAUCAAUUUACAAUCGUGACUCGGACCAACCGAUCCCGAUUGAGUCAGAACUUUGUUGGGAGAUAUUGCGCUCGAUCGAAGAAUGUCAAGGUGACCAGGAGGCAAUCGUGCGCUUCCGGGAACUGGGCGAUCGUAUCGAUGGCCACAAUCACCACCAUCAUUCGCAUCCUAACCGGUCAGUAGGCAUCAGUGUUGACGGGCUAGCCGCCAUCGAUAGCAGUAUUGAUUCGCUCGACUCACAGAACUCGUCGAACUCGGGGACUAAGGACAGUAUGGAUAUGAUAGCGGGUGCUACGGAAACGUUACCUUGCACUAACCGCGAAGUAACGAUCAUGAUGCCCUCACAAGUUCUCGGAGUGGAUGACGAAGAUGAUGUUGCGAUCGACGGUAUUAGUCGUGGGCGUGGUGAUGUUGCUAUCGACAUCAAUCAACAUAGCACCACUACCAAUACUACCGUAGUCAUAAUGCCGUCGGCAAAUGGUUCCGGUAGCGUCACGACAACAACGGUAGCUACAGUCGGUGGUGGCGCCAGUGGUGCAAUAACACCGUCACCUAACACCACAGCUCCGACACAUUUUCAUUGGACGCUUCGGAAUUGGGGUGGUGGAAAUGGACAGUCAGGAGCGCAAGGUAACCGUCGUAGGAAUACCAGCUAUACGUAUAGCAGCACUACCACUACCAGUGGCGGAGGAGGAGGCCAGUUAAAUAGUGGCAGCGCCACAAAUUCGGCCAACGAUAGUCAGUUGGAUCAGAUCCGUGUUGAUCUGGCCAGCCCAGAGGAUAUUUCGCUCGAUACAGACAGUUCUCGUGCGAUGUUCACUGCUGCCUAUGGUACUUCUGUUUGA